AUGGCAAUGGAAAGUUUACGUAAAGUAGUAGAAGAUAUCGCCAAAGAGAAUGGAUUUGGAAAACCCGAAAUAGUUAUAAACCCAAUAUCUACUGGUGGUGCAAAUUAUUCCUCAGAGCUAUUCACAAUCGUUGUUUCGGAGGAUGCCAAGGAAACACUACAUCUGUUCUCGAAAAUUAUUAUAAUUAAUGAGACUAUACGCGCGCAAAUGCCACCUGCGAUUUUUGACGUCGAGAGGUUAAUUUACGUUGAUCUUUUAAAGAAAUACGAAGACAUAGAAAUCUCACAUAAUGUACCACCUGAAAAGAGAUUAGUCGUGCCUAAAUACUACGGUUGUAACACAAAGAAAUUUGAAGAAUCCGUUGUUCUUGAAAAUCUAGCAGAAAAAGGUUUCAUCACUUACGACAGAUUCAAGUCAGUAGAUUGGGAGUACGCUGCCAAAGCCGUGAAGUCACUAGCCAAAUUUCACGCCCUAUCUAUGGCAUAUAGCGAAGAAUAUCCACAAGAAUUUGAAGAAUUUGUAAAAAAGAUGGAUUUUCAAAAAGAAAUGUUUUUAGGAAUGUUCCACCAGUUCUAUGAACAGCGUAUAGAAACUACUUUAUCGGUGACAACAGAGGAACGUAAAAGUAAACUGAAAAAAUAUCUGGAUACACAUAUAAGUGUAGAAACUAUAAUGAAGCUUAGCGAGUCUUCUCAACGAAUAGUUCUGAGCCACGGAGACUACAGACCUAGCAACUUAAUGCACAAAUAUAAUGAGGACGGCACUCUUCAAGUGAUACCAGUUGAUUUCCAAACUAUACAGUAUACAUCACCACUGUUCGAUCUUUUGUACUUCAUAUUCACGGGAUCUGACGAGAAGUUCAGGCGACAGCAUUUCCAGGAUCUCACCGACCAUUACCACCAGGAGUUGAGCAGUGCCCUGCGCUAUCUAGGGCUUAAUCCUGAUAUCAUUUAUCCAAAGAGGACCUACGAGUAUGAGCUAAAAGAGUUGUUACCAUACGGCCUCUUCGUUGCUAUCGUCGGCCUUCCUAUUAUCACCGUGGAGCUAGAAGAUGCUCCGUCCAUGCAAGGAGAAGGUGGUUUCGAAAACAUGACGAGUUCUAAAACCGGUCCAUUGUAUCCAGAGAGAAUGAACGGCGUCAUCAACGAUUUCUUCAGAUGGGGCAUCAUUGAAUAG